AGCACUGUGAAUGUGUCUCUCCUUCCACGGUGCUUGGACAGAACAGGCGCAGGGACGCCCCUUCCUCCAGCCUGCGACUACCCUCCAACCUUUUUUCCAGUGGGAACCUUGGAACCAGCCAGCUGUCCUUGGCCUCCGGGACCCAGCCAACGCCAUUUGCAGAGCUUGGCUCCUUGUCUCUGCUACCUGUGAGCUCCCAUAGUCCUGAGAAUUGUUCCCACAGGUGGAGGCGCCCCGGACACCUGGUCCACGUGCAGCCUCCGCCUCCUGCCCCAACCUCUCUCUGGGCUUCUCUGACCACUAGGACCACGCGGCUCUGGAGGGUGGGCCAUCUCCCUGAGAAUAGAGGGAGAAAUGGGGGACCAAGGCGAGGGAGCACCGAGCUCCAUGGAACCUGCAGAUCCUGCGCUGUGACUGCGUGCUCUUCUAGGACCUCCGUCCAAGGCGGGACAAGGGGGUCAGACCUCGGACGCCAUGGGGCCACCCUGCUCGUGGAGAAGAACCUGAGCCCAGCCUUCAUGGAUCCACAGGCCCCGGGUCCUUCACCAACUGACUCCACCUCCGUGAAUUCUUGCAGCCACGUCCUGGACAAGAGGGUGAAACUCAUCAUGACGGUGGGAGCCCACCUGACCAGCCCCACCAGCCCCACAGCUGGUCCCCCACAGGGCUGGACGGCUUUCUCUUGCAAAGGUUCAGCCUCCAAAGCACUGCUAGGAGUCUCUGGAGACCAGCGGCCUUUGAGAAGCCCCUUUGGGGUCAGGGCAUCUGCCAGGAAGCUUCUCUCUGCAACCAAGAGGCAGCUUGUUCACCACUAUGGAACCAUCUUCCAAGCCUUGGACCAAAGGGAAACAAUAAAGCCUUUUCAAAAAAAAAAAAAAAUGGAACCAAUGUUGAGCUAGGCCCCGCCCUGCAUCUCAGCGUCCUGUCCAGGGACCAUGUUACUCUCUGGGUUUUGGGGUGGGGUCUGGUGAGACUCCCACAUGGUCUGGAAGGCUCCUGAGCCUGCUGUCUGCUGGGCUCCACUGGGCAGGGCGAGCAGAGUGAGCAGGGUGGGGCUCUUCCUCUUUCUGGAAGGAACCCGAGAUGCGCCCCACCGAGCCUGGACCUCCACGCCCAGUGUGUCUGUCCGUCCUGCGGGCUCUGAGGUCUCUGAAGUCACCUGCUCUGCUGGGAACCAUGAGAGGCAGCACCACGACCCUGACCUUCACCGCCCUUCUCUGCCUCGGGCUGUGCUGGGGCCAGAGGGACCAGGGACAAGCAGAGGUUCUCCCCAAACCCUCCAUCCAGGCUGACCCAGGCACCAUGGUCGCCCAGGGGAGCCCGGUGACCAUCUGGUGUCAAGGGUCUCCGCUGGCAGAUGUCUACCGUCUGUAUAAGGAGAGGAGCUCUGUAUACUGGGACGCUUACGCCCCACAGGGCUCCAGGAACAAGGCCAGGUUCCACUUUGCAUCCUCGAGCUCAAGUGCAGCCGGGCAGUAUCAGUGUGCCUAUCACACCAGGCACGGCUGGUCAGUGACGAGUGACCCCCUGCCCCUGGUGGUGACAGGAGUGUACACGGCACCCUUCCUGUCUGCCCAGCCCAGCCCUGUGGUGGCCGCAGGAGGCAACGUGUCCCUCACGUGCAGUUCACAGAAUGCAGGGAGCACGCUGCACCUGCUGAAGGAGGGAGGCGCUGAGCUGCUCCGAUACAGAACACUGAGGAACUAUGGGAACCAGGGGCGGGAACAGGCUGUGUUCUUUGUGGGCCCCGUGAACGCCUCCAACGGGGGGACCUACAGAUGCUAUGAUGCUCCCAACUCCCAGCCCUAUCUGUGGUCGCGCCCCAGUGACCCUCUGCAUCUCCAGGUCACAGGCCUGUCCAGGGCGCCCUCUCUCUCUGCCCAGCCCGGCUCGCUCGUGCUCCCCGGAGACAACCUGACCCUCCAGUGUCACUCAGAGGCCGGCUCUGGCAGCUUCGCUCUGACCAAGGACGAGGGGCUCAGCCCUCCCCUCCGUCUAGAAGGGCAGCAGAGCCCCGACUUCCCCCUGGGCCGCGUGAGCCGUGCCCACGGGGGCCGGUACAGAUGCUACAGUGGACACAACCUCUCCUACGCAUGGUCGGCCCCCAGCGCCCCCCUGGACAUCCUGAUUGCGGGAAUGCACAGGAAACCCUCCUUCUCCGCCCGCCCGGGGGCCUCAGUGCCCCAGGGAGAGAACGUGACCCUGCAGUGUCGCUCUGAGGUCCAGGCAGACACCUUCCAUCUGUCCAAGGAGGGGUGGCUUGCUGCUCCCCAGCACCUUCGUCUGCAGGACCCGGCUCCACCCGUUCAGGCCAACUUCACCCUGCGUGCUGUGACCUCAGCCCACAGUGGGACCUACAGGUGCUACAGCUCACACAGCACCGCCCCCCACCUGCUGUCGCUCCCCAGCGACCCCCUGGAGCUCCUGGUCUCAGGAGCAGCUGACAGUAUCAGCCCACCACAAAACAAGUCAGACUCCAAGAGCGACUGCACGGUGCAGAAUCUCACCCGCAUGGGCCUCGCAGCCUCCGUCAUGCUGCUCCUCGGGGUCCUGCUCUGCCAGGCUUGGCAUGACCCUGGAGGAGCCCGAGACGCGGCCCAGAGCUGAGCAAUGGGACCCCACACUGCCCGGAGCGCUGGAGCCUGGGACAUGAGCUUCCAGCCUGGGAGCUUCGGGAAGAGCCUCUGCAGAGCACGCUGGGUGCACUGUAUGCGGAGACCCCAGGGGAGAGACACUCUGUGGGGCAGGAGGAGGCCCAGGCGUCCCCGGGGGGCUCAGCCUCUGUUCAUGGGGGCCCACUCCCUCCUAGGGAGAACGUCCCGACUCCCAGCUCUUCUCACCCGCGGCCCGAGGCGCGUCUCACAUGGCAGGGGCGGGUCCUCACGCUUCACGCCUGCAGGCUCUGUCCACUCUCAUGAAGGACGUGAGCCUCAUUGUUCACGCCUGCCAUCUCUGGCGUGCGCAAUGACCUCCAUCCCUUCUCAGAAACAGAACGUCGUUUAAGUAACUGAAUAAAUGGGUGGAAGUGGGGCCCCAUUUGGAACAGAUAGAUCCUAAACUCUUCCCGGAAUCCCCCUCUGGAGCCCUCAAGCCCCUCUCUCCUCGUCAGAUGGCACCCGGUGUCAUUUCUCCAGACACCGUCAGUGUGAACGAACACCUUAUUGUUUGAAGUGAAGGUGUUGUGCUGGUAAAUGGUGUUAACAAUAGAUCCAUUCUGUAAAAAGCCC